AUGACAACAUCUUUUUCAUUUUCAACGCCUAUGGCAUCGUUAUCAGCAGGUGAACUCGAAAUCGAUCGCAAUGCAAGAGAUAAAAAUCUAUUGGAAUCAUCAAAUCAAACUUUAUUUUAUUCAUCAGAUGCAUCCGUUUCAAGAUUUCAGCAAGCAACAAGUCCAGUUAGCCUUCAACCAAUCACAACAGAUGCUCCAAACAUACAGUAUAAUAAUAACGAUUUGAAAAAUGAACAAGAGGAGCAUCUUCUUAGUUUACAUUACGAUUCAAAUCGAUUAAAACAAGAAAAACUACUAUUAUUUACUAAUAUGUUUCGACUCUUAAUUAUUUUUAUUGUUUCUCCAAUUUUUUAUUUUUUAGUUUAA